AUGCGUGUCGCACGUGACUCGUCACUAGGCACCGCCACAAUGCAAACGGCCUUCUUAGGUGGUCUUGUGCUGUUAAUAAUGGGCACUAUUUCAGCUAUUAUUAAUCUCGGGAUCCUUGGACAAGCUAUCCAGGCGCCAUUUGCAGCACUCACGCUCAUUUACAGUGCUUUAUUGGGUCGAUUUGUCCUCCAUGAGAGCUUUGGACUCUAUGAUUUACUAUCCAGUGCCCUCAUUAUCGUGGGUGUUGGUGUUGACCUCUACGCUGCGGAAUUGGCUCAUGUCCCACCGAAAUCGUACACACUCAAGUCUCUCGGUCGUCUAUUGACGAGACACUCGGUGUUUCCAUUGGGUUACACUGUCAUUGUACUCACAUACGCAACGUUGUUGCUACGACGAGUGCGGAUAGCGAACUUACAGCGUCAUCCAGUCACACUAUUGGCUUUCAGUUCUUGUGCUGGAAUCAUGGCAGGUUUUACAUCUCUUGCCACGAAAUCGGUGGUGGAGGUAGCCAAGUCGGCACGAAAACAUCAAGAUUGGCUGGUGUUUUUGAACCCGUUCUUUAUUCUGCUAGUGAUUGCGAUCCCGUGUGCAUUGGUACCACAACUUUUCUUCCUAAAUAAGGGACUCGAGUUCUUUGGGACGCUGAAAUUCAUUCCAUUGUAUCAAGCUUUCAUUAUCAUUGGCAAUUUGAGCUGUGGAUUAGUUUUUUACAAUGAGAUGGCCAGCUAUAGCUCUACGGCACUGACAUGUUUCAUGGGCGGUAUCAUGAUCACGAUCUGUGGUGUAUGUGUAUUGCUCGUCAAGGGUGACGUGGAAAAUAACGGUGCCGAUGCCCGAUGCUCAAAUACAGUCCUGUUGGAUCAUAAAAGCAAGGAGAAAAAAAGGCUUGCAACCGAUUUUACAUUUGAGCAGAUGGAAUGGGCCACGGAGAGUGACACAUCGACAACGAACGAAUUGCGCGUGUGUCGUGAUUUCCGCGAGUGCCAAGAAGCUAUUGUGGAGCUUCUCGUGUCCGCGCGCAAGUCCAUUUACUACUCGACAUUCUUGUGUGACUUUACCCAGGUUCUUGACACUACAAAUGAGAAGCACAUGGACAACACAUUUGUGUCGCUCGUGUGUGACGCUGUGAAGCGUGGAGUUGAUGUUCACAUCUUGUAUAACCCAGUACGUGACUACGGAACAGAUUCGAUUGCCGAUCUGCGUCGCAUCUUGCCUCGAGAAGUGCAUUUCGCUUGCUCGGUCAGUGACUUGGGUCCGGGCUGGUUUACACGUUACUUGUCAAACAAUUCCAGGUAUGCUUUCCAUCACCAGAAGUAUCUGUGCGUUGAUGAGGAAACUAUCAUGGUCACUGGCUGUGACGUGAAUACUGAGCGUGAGGGCUGGUUGCGUAAGAAUCAUCUUGCGUACUAUUGGCACGAGCUCAGUGUUAUCUGCCGCUGCACCCCGGAUAUGGUCAGCUGGGUCCAGUCUAACCACAAGCCUGCAGAGAAGCGUUACUAUGAUCAGUUUGUGGAAUACCCCCCGUUUCCGCUUGUAUCUGGAGGUUGGCGAGAAGAGAAUUGUAUUGUCAAUAUGAUUAUGAACGCUAAGCACUCCGUGCAGUUGGAGAACCAAAUCAUGAUCUCGGGUGGCUCGCUGCAGCAUAACCGCGUGUGUUCUGCGAUUGUUGCUCGUAUUAGUCAAGCUCGCAACAAGGGUGAAUCAUUUUAUGCUUUGAUCCUGACAAACGCCGCCCAGAAAGAUGAACCGUCAUUUCUGGCACGCUCAUACUGCUCACUAUCCAUCCAGUGGUCGCUGGAGCAGCUGGAGGAGUGUGCCAUAGACUACGGUCUUACGUUGAAUGAGCUGUGGAAGCAUCUUCAAGUGGGUCGUCUCGAGCAUGACGGUGUAUCGAUUAAGGUUCAUUCCAAUAUCCUCAUUGUGGACGGAAAGUACGCGCUAAGAUCAUCCUCGAAUCUGGCCGACCGCAGCCUGAGUGCGCGUCCAAAUGACACAGAGCUGGGUCUGCUAUUUUCGGGGCCUCGCGUGAGUGAGCUGCAGCAAGAUUUACUCAACAUGUACUUGGGCACGAUAGGCAAGAAUUACUCAUGGAAUCAAGUAUUUCAGUGCAUUCGGGGCACUGCAACGAAGAAACCAUCCGGCUUGAUUAUACCGCUGGAGAAAAAAAUUGGAGUCCGUGGAGGUGCUACCGGUGGCCGAGUCAAAGUAUCUUACAAAACUACAAAUAUUGGUGCCAACAAACAUGAGUACGAGACCUAA